GGGUGAUGUUUGUGACGCGCACGCGCACGACGCGUCAAGGCAAACGGGCUGCGGGAGGGUCAAGGGGCCGGAGCGACAAGGGGCGCGCGCACCUCCCGUUCAUCGUCUGCGCGCGGACCCUCCGCCGACGACGCCAUUAUGCUGUGGUUCCCUGGCACCAUCCCGGCCGCCAUUGCCGCCGCCAAGCAGCGUAGCGCCGUUUUCGUGGUGUUUGUGCAAGGGCAAGAUGAACAGUCCACAGAAAUGGCUGCUAGCUGGGAGAAUGCAAAAGUGUCUGAGGCAGCAACAGAUGGCUUUGUGGCUAUUAAAAUUGAUACCCAAAGUGAAGCCUGCCUGCAGUUCUCACAAAUCUAUCCUGUAGUGUGUAUUCCAUCUAGUUUCUUUAUAGGAGAUAAUGGAAUCCCUCUUGAAGUAAUUGCUGGCAGUGUGUCUGCAGAAGAACUGAUUACAAGAAUUCAUAAAGUCAAGCAGAUGCACUUAAUAAAAAAUGAAGGGUUAGAAAGUUCUCCUUCAUGUUCCUCCUCUUUAUAUAGCAACACAGAAGAUUCCCCAUCACAAACAGUCGAAACUUCUGAAACACAGCUAGAAAGAUUGAAUUUAACCUCAGAUGAAGAUGAAGUAAAUUUGGUCCAGACAAAUGAGAAAAAUAACACAAGGGUAGAACAGACUACAGAUGACCUUGCUGCUAGAGUAGAAAGAGUGACACAAAAACUUGAAGAGAGAAGAGAAGAGAAGAAGAAAGAAGAAGAACAGAAAGAAAUAAAAAAAGAAAUAGAAAGAAGAAAAAGUGGGAAAGAAAUGUUGGAAUAUAAAAGGAAACAGGAAGAAGAACUUACAAAACGAAUAUUGGAAGAAAGGAACAGAGAAAAAGCUGAGGAGAAAGCUGCUAGGGAACGCAUCAAGCAGCAGAUUGCACUGGAUCGUGCUGAGAGAGCAGCUCGUUUUGCGAGGUCAAAAGAAGAGGCAGAAGCUGCAAAAGCUGCUGCUCUUCAGGCUAAGCAAGCGGAAAUGGCAGCUAGGAAGGAGGCGUCCCCAAGGGAGAAAAGUGCUAUAGCAAGAAUCCAGUUUCGUCUUCCAGAUGGAUCUUCUUUUACUAAUAGUUUCCCUUCGGAUGCCCCCUUGGAAGAAGCUCGCCAAUUUGCUGCACAGAUUGUAGGCAACACAUAUGGCAAUUUCUCACUGGCAACAAUGUUUCCCAGAAGAGAAUUUACCAAAGAUGAUUAUGGGAAAAAAUUAUUGGACCUGGAACUUGCCCCAAGCGCUUCAGUAGUAUUGUUGCCUGCGGGAAGGCCAGCUACAGCAGUCGUACAGUCUUCCAGUGGAGAUUUAUGGAGGUUCCUUGGCACAAUCCUCUAUCCGCUGAUAGCUGUUUGGCGAUUUAUUAGCAAUUUCUUGUUUACCAACCCUCCUUCCUCCCAGCCUCCUGCAAGACAUCAUCAACAGCAGCUCUCAAAUCCUUCAGCACCUAACACUGCAGAGACAAACAGACAAGCAGUUAGGAAACGAAUGUCGGAAAAACGGGGUGAAGAAUUCAAGAAAGAAGGCAAAAUCUACCGAUUGAGAACUCAGGAUGAUGGAGAAGAUGAUAAUAAUACUUGGAAUGGAAAUUCGACCCAACAAAUGUAGCUUGAGUAAAUUGUACAUAGUAAUCACUGAUUUUUUUUUU